CUUCAGUAACAGUUAGUGUUGUCCGUUGGGGUUCGGGUGCUCUUGAGACAAUUAAAGACGUUUACUUCCAGAAAUGGCAGAGAUUGUAACGGAGCAAGUUUUAUUUACAGAUUCCGAACAUUACAGAGUUUACGGUCAAACAAAUGACUAACAUCGAGUAGUACCUUCAAUGAGCAACUUUUAGACAAGAAAAAAUACUGAAAUAUGAGAGUCAGAACCUUGGGUAGGGCCAAGGAGGGAGAAAUUAGCAGCACCAGACGGCGCUCAACUUUGACAUGGGAGAUAGGAGCGUAACUCUUAUAACAGCAGUAUGUUCUGUGCUGUUGACAGGUCUGUUUGUGGAAGGAAAGUCGCUACUAGAGAAUGCUCAAUAUACUUCGCUGACAGGACACAAAGGGGAUACUGGCAACACUAAAGGAAAUGUUGCCGACACUAACUUGGAUUUGGACCAUCACAAAAAUUCUUCACUAUAUUCUUGGAUGUCGGGAAUUACUAGACCAGUCGAGGAAGAAAUUAUGACAGAACUUCUGAAAUUCAUUCUGGAUUCUAUACCUGGACGCAACAUCUACAUCUUUCACGAGGGAUUAUAUCCAGGCGUUUCAGCCACAGCUGCCACCUGCUUCAGGAGAUGGGCGGAGUUGACCAUCUUUCUGUGCGACGAGGCCUUGGAGCGCCUUCGGGACCUCGUAGGAGCUUACAACCAAGUUGCUAGUCCUCGUCAUAUCAUCCUCCUUUGUUCUGAGGCAAACACGAUGGCCGUUUUCCAAAAGAUACGUGAAAAUACCCUUGAAACAACUGAGGUUCAGUGGUUUGUUAUCUUAAAAAACCACGUAAGUGAAGAUAUAGUUAAAUUUGUGAGGGAAGGAACACAGGUAACGUUUGCUGUUAGAGGAAAUGAUACCAUCUACCAGUACUUCUUUCAGGCAUCCUACAUCAACACUAGCAACGACAUAUCACUUAAAACCAUCGGUUCCUGGAGAUGGAAUCCGCAGUCAGGUCACAAAAUCAAUCUUAAAACGUCCCUUUAUCAUCCAGUUGAACGCACCUACAGUAACUUCGGAGGCAGAAAGUUGAGAAUAUCGGCGUUUCACAACGACCCAUUUUGGGUUUUGGAAAAAAGGGACAAUCAGUCGACUCGCAUGCUCGGUGGAAUUGACUUCAGGAUAAUGGAAAUGCUUGGCAAGAAGUUCAACUUUUCGUUUGAAGUACUCCCUCCUUCGGACUAUGCAUGGGGCGUAGUUUUAGACGAUGGAAGAGUAACUGGGAUCAUAGGUGCAGUGCAUCGCCAUGAAUCUCAUCUGGGCAUUAAUGAAAUAACGAUCUCAGCCUCCCGAGAAAAAGCCGUUGACUUCACAACCCCCUACUUCUUGGAGACCACAACAAUCCUCACUGCAGCCCCAGCCAAGCUUCUCAAUCCGCGAGCUGUUUUUGCGCCAUUUACUUUUCCGGUGAGUCAACAACUUAGAAACGGAAAAAUCAGCUAAAUCCUUAAUAAGCUUGAUUAGAAUGUAGUGUUU